CACUAUCAGCGGUUGAUUCUGCAUGCGAGAGAUGUUUGAUCAAGGGACUCAACUCUCAGAUGCUUUUAAAGCGUUGUGUGGGAUGAAACCACAAGAUUUGUAGCCCUUGUCAGCUGCACUCACCGCUGUGAUUUACGGGCUGGGAGAUUUUCUGAUAAGGCUGUUAUAAAAUAGUGAUACACAUUUGUGAACUUGUAAGUUAAAGUUUGCGACUAUCUUCGUGAUUUCGGAGAAAGGCCACGAAAGAUUUUCCUCACAGACAGUAAAGUGUUAUCACGUCUUAUCAUAUCUUAUCGUAUCUUAUAAACUGACAACAGAACUAACUGACAAAAAUGCCCAGUAACAGCCACGAGAAGCGACAGCUGAAGAAACAGGACGCCCUGAUGGACAUGUCACAUCUCAACUCCAACACUUGUCUCAGCGGAGACUGUUCCCCCAAUCUCAACUCUCGACAUCGCGCCAACGACUCCUCAAACGAGCGCAUUUCCAUCAUCAGCAACCGGACGCCACCGCGGAAAAAUUCCGACGGGUGGGACAUCGGUCGUAAAUUGAACCAUAAAAAGUCGUGUUACGAUCAUUGCUCUCUGCCGGGCGAAGGUGCCGCCAUGUUGGAUUCCCACACUCCUGGAAAAGAUUCUGGUGGUGGCGGUGGUGGUGGUGGUGGAGGAGACAGUUAUAGAAGACCGUCCAGGCUCCUGGACAAAAUCAGGAUGUUCUCAAAGAUGAGGUCAUUGACCCGGCCGAGCAAGACGGACUCCAGCCAGGAGAACCAUGUUCUGGAGAUCAGGGAGGACGGACCAGUCUGUCUCAUCCAGGAGAGCCCCAACAGGAUAUUCCGGACGUGGACGCGGUGGACAACCAGGGCAACACCGCCCUACACCUGGCAGUAGAGGCCGCCUCCCCGGACAUCUGCAACCUGCUCAUCAAACAUGGUGCGGACGUUGACGUCGUGAAUAGUCAUCACAUGAUGGCCAUCCACCUGGCUGCGGACCUAGGGGACGUGGAUGUGGUCAAGGCGCUGCUGGACAACCAGGUGGACCCGGACAGCCGCGGAGAGAGCGGGAUGACCGCCCUGCACUACGCCGCCUCUAAAGACCACGGAGAAAUCCUCCGACUCAUGAUGCAGAAAGGCGCCAAGCCGUGUGCCAAGUGUGACUACGGCUACUAUCCGAUACAUCUGGCGGCAAAAUGUGCUGCUGCAGACGCCAUGGAGGCGAUCAUAGAGCAAGCGCUGACCAAAGGUUACACGCUGUCACUGUGUGCUUGAAGGCCGGGGCGUCGGUGAAGGCUCAACAGGACGAUGGUUCGACGCCCCUCCACUUCGCGUGCGCACAAGGCAACAUGGAAAUGAUCAAGCUAAUGGAGAGCAUGCAGAGAGACAAUUUUAUCGCCGCUGUGUUCACCACGGACGCCAUGAAGAUGACGCCUCUACACAGGGCGGCGCUGUUCAACCACACACACGUCAUGCAGCAUUUACUGGAGCAUAGAUAACGAGGACAACUCGGCACUGCACCAUGCCGCGGAGCAGGGCUGGACUCACUCCAUGAAGGUGUUGCUGAGCGUGCACUCCAACCUCCGGGAUGUCGCCAACGUGGACGGGGACACGCCCCUGCACGUAGCCGCCAAGAACGGCCAGACGUCUGCGGUGUCGCUUCUCCUCACAAUGGGCGCCAAGCUGCUGAAGAACCACGAAGGGAUCGCAUUUUAUGAUUACGUCAUCCAGAACAAGCACAGAGAGGUGGCGGUCGCGGUUGUCAACCAUGACAGAUGGGAGGAGGUGCUUACCCUACACUCCAACAUCUACGGCUGUUUCGUCCUCGGACUCAUACAACAUCUGCCUGAUGUCUGCCUGAACGUGCUUAACCGCUGUCAGACUUACUCGCAGGAUGACCCCAGAAGUUCUCAACGAUGGUGAAGAACAACAGAGUCGACUGCCUGUCUCACCCUGUCUGUGUGACGUUUCUCAAGGUCAAAUGGAACAAGUACGGCAUGUGGAUCUAUACCGCCUACCUGCUGGUCUACAUGCUCUUCCUAGCCUCCCUAACCAGCUUUGUCGUCAACCACAACUCUCUCAGGCACCACGACUAUGGCGCGGACAACAAUACCACGAUCUACCUAGGCGGGAACACAGAGAGCGGCUACAACUACUCUCCCAUCUACAUGCUGGCGCUGUGGUUUAUCGCUGUCUACAGCGCCCUGAAUGUGGUCAAGGAAGUGUUUCAGAUAUUUACACAGGGAACACACUACUUCGCCGAUAUCGGAAACGGCCUGGAGUGGUGUCUGUACAUCACCUCUCUGGUCUUCUCGACGCCUUUCCUCAUGGGGAUGGCUUUCCACUUCCAGUGGGAGGCAGGAGCCCUCGCCAUCUUCUUCGCCUGGUUCAACUGUCUUGUGUUUCUGCAGAGGUUUGACUUCUUUGGCAUCUACGUUGUCAUGUUCCUGGAGAUUCUGCGUACUCUGGUGCAGGUGUUGUGUGUCUUCUCCAUCCUCAUCAUCGCCUUCGGCCUGGCCUUCUACAUGCUCAUGUUCAAAGAGGUGUCCAAAGCGUACUCCACCCCAGGCCUGGCUCUGCUGCGGACCUUCAUGAUGAUGCUGGAGCUGGACUACAUGGCCUCCUUCAACGAGUACUUCGUGGACGGCGACGACAGGACGCUGCACUUUGGGAACCUCACACUGGUCAUGCUCGUCAUCUUCGUCCUUCUCAUGCCCAUUCUGCUCAUGAAUUUACUGGAUGCGAGAGAUGAGUGGCGUUCUGGACAAGAACAACCAGCUGCUGAGGAAGAUCAUGCAGAAGAUGGAGAUCCACACAGAAGACGAGGCCUGGGAUGAAGGGGCAGGCGGGAGCAGUGACGACAGCGGGGACGAGAUGAGGGGCAACAGGAACAGAUUCAAGAGCAAGUCCUUCAAAGAGAAGAUGUACCUCAAGUCUGCUGUGGUCUCCAUGUGGCAGAAGGGACACAAGAAGUAGAGAGAACUACCAAGAAAGGUGAUUGGAGAAAAAGAACCACAUGGGUGGUCAGAGAAGAAAUAGAACUGCAGAGGUGGUAGGAGAAGAAGAAGAUAGAAGAUAGAAGCACAGUACAAAGAGAUGGUAGGAGAAGAAAAAAGCUAGAACUUCAGGUGUGGUUGGAGAAAAAGUAGAUAGAACUACAGGGUGUUUCAAUUUUUUUGUGUGCAAAUAUUAUUAUUUGUACACCCCCAAAGACACAAUUUAGAUCAUUUGGAGAGAGGGUGGGGGUGAGCUUCAGGCUUUCCUGUGAGAUACAGCCUGAACUUAGAGGAAUACUGCCUCCAAACACAAUUACUCAUUUACUGAGAUACUCGAUUUUAAAAAAUUAUUCGCGCUCAGGAAUCUCCUGCGUUAGACGGCGAAGUGCCUAACUGCUACAACACAGACGCCGGUCCCAUCCCAUCCCAUCCGCGUUUGGAAAUGGUUGUUAUAAUGGGAGGAUCACACACGCGUGAUUUGUUAGAAUCGAAAGAUGUUGAUUUUUAUUUUUUUUAAUUUUUUUCUUGGGGGGGGGGGGGAUAAGAAUUAUAUUGUGAAGUUGUAUUUGCAAACAAAAAGACAGUAACUAGACACAGGUUUUAUUGGGUUAGACAGAGAACAAAUGCUUAGACUAAUAACUUCUCUUCUACUUUUAAAAAAAUCGGUUAAGAUAGUGUCAGUACGGAUUUCUCGGCACACCCAACACACUUAUGUCACAAAAGUGCCGCAAAUUAGAGGUGUUGCAAGUUAAGAGAGUAACAAACACAUAAAAGGAGGAGGAGAGAUAACUAUGAUAGAAUUUUGAAAAGAAAGAAGGACCAAACCAACCAUCCACGUUACGAGAAGUACAUUGACUCAAUCGCAGUCGUUUGGUGCGCAGAAAAGAUUGGACAUAUAUAUGUAUGUAUAAAAAUAACUUUGAGGUGGAUCCUGAGAAACUAUAGAGAGACGUGUUCUCUCUGCGAAUAUCCCAACCUUGUGGACAGAAAUAACUGAAGGA